GCGUGUGAUGAUGGCCGCGCUCGUGAUGAGAGUUAGUCCAGGUCCUUUCGCUUUUGCUCGGGUUCACCGACCCGCUCUGCGCUCCGCUGCUGCCGCAAUACUCAGAUCCAUCUGGCAGGUCAGCGUGUCUGCCACACAGUCAUUCUCAUUCCCAGAGAGGGUGAAGAUUGUAGAGGUUGGACCACGAGAUGGACUUCAGAAUGAGAAGACCAUUGUUCCCACUGAGGUAAAGAUCCAUCUGAUUGAUAUGCUCUCAGAAGCAGGACUUCCUGUCAUUGAGGCCACAAGUUUUGUUUCACCUAAAUGGGUCCCUCAGAUGGCUGAUCAAGAGGAAGUGAUGCGUGGCCUCUACAAGAAACCUGGUGUGAACUACCCCGUUCUGACCCCUAAUCUGAAGGGAUUCCAGGCUGCUAUGAAGGCUGGUGCAAAAGAGGUAGCAAUAUUUGGUGCUUCAUCAGAGCUUUUCAGUCAGAAGAACAUAAACUGUUCAGUGGAUGAGAGUCUUGUGCGCUUUGAGGAGGUGAUGAGAGCAGCCAAACAAGAGGGAGUUCCUGUGAGAGGCUAUGUGUCAUGUGUGCUGGGUUGUCCAUAUGAAGGGAAGGUAUCACCAAACAAAGUGGCAGAGGUUGCUAAGCGACUGUAUUCCAUGGGCUGCUAUGAGAUUUCACUUGGUGAUACUAUCGGAGUGGGCACUCCAGGUGGCAUGACAGAGAUGUUGGAUGCCGUGAAGAAAGAGGUUCCCGUGGAGGCUUUAGCAGUUCACUGUCAUGACACUUACGGACAAGCACUUGCUAACAUACUUGUAGCAUUACAGAAUGGCGUAAGUGUUGUGGACUCAUCCGUUGCAGGGCUGGGCGGCUGCCCUUAUGCCCAGGGGGCUUCUGGGAAUGUUGCAACUGAAGAUGUGGUCUAUAUGCUGCAUGGACUGGGAAUCCAUACUGGAGUGGACCUGCCCAAACUGUUGGCUGCUGGCUCAUACAUCUGUCAUUCACUCAACAGAAGGACAAAUUCAAAAGUAGCUCAGGCCUCCUGCAAGCUCUGAAGUCUUCUUUCUCUUUAUAGUGAUUAUAGUCCCUGGUAUGAUGACAUUACUCUUUUGGAGGUCACUAUACGUUACCCCUUAGUAUGCUGUGAAAUCUCUUAAUUUAUAAUAUCUUUGAAAUAAAUAUCUCUAAACACAGUGGAGCUGGACAUUGGGGAUGAGCGCAUCCGUUCUCUACUGUGAAUGUAUGAAUGAAGCUAGUGAUGAAAUGGGCGCUUGUGAGCUCGUAUCACCCAAUAUUCACAACCAGACGGACCCAAACUGUUCUCUAGUGCCUUGAUUUCUGAUGACAGGCAACAUUUGAUAACUACAAUGUAUAUGUAUAUUUCUAAUGAAUUAAUUAAAUAUUUACAUAGUGAUGAAGCAAGAUCGUUUGUUGCCUAAAGGCAAUAAAUGCCAGAACGGGACAGAAUUUGACUUUGCAGAAUAUUAUGAAUCAUAUCUAGAUUAGGCCUGUCGCAAUAAUCAAUAUAUCGACUUAUCACGCAAUAUAUGUACAUG